UUGGCGCGAAUGGCGCGCGCGUGCCCACACCUGGUCCAACAUGGCGGCCUGCGCGGUUCAGCUGAUUGACAAACGGCCCAGGAAGUUAAUUGAGAAAAAAGAGACCCAUGUGGUUAUUGUGAGGAAAGAGCUGCAUGUAAAGCAUCCAUUACAAAACCGCUGGGCCUUAUGGUUCUAUAAGAAUGAUAAGAGCAAAAUGUGGCAGGACAAUCUGAGGCUCAUCACCAAGUUUGAUACCGUGGAGGAUUUUUGGGGGUUGUACCAUAACAUUCAGAAGGCAAGCAAACUCUCAUCCGGAUGCGACUAUUCGGUGUUCAAGGAUGGAAUCGCGCCCAUGUGGGAGGACAGGAGCAAUAAAUGCGGAGGCCGUUGGCUCAUUACACUGUCCAAACAGCAGAGACAUUCAGAGCUCGACCGCUUUUGGCUGGAGACGUUGUUGUGUCUGAUCGGCGAGGGUUUCGGCCCAUACAGUCGAGAUGUCUGCGGUGCCGUCAUUAACGUUCGUGCCAAAGGAGACAAGAUCGCCAUCUGGACAACGAACACCGAGAACGCAGAAGCAGUAACGUGCAUCGGCCGGAAGUAUAAAGAGAGUCUGGGUCUCCCGACGAAGCUUGUGAUUGGAUAUCAGGCCCACGCCGACACGGCCACUAAGAGCAACUCCAUCACCAAGAACAAGUUUGUUGUCUGAACUGAAGCAUCACUCCAGCUUGUCCUCACAUGAUUGCACUUUGCUUUUUGCCUUUUUUCGUGGGGUAUUUGAUCUAUUGAGUUUGUAUUUAAGUUAUGUUUGUGUGAGGGGAUUUUUAUUUAUUGGUGCUUGCCUUAUGUCUUGUCAUUUCAGUUUUUCCCUUCCCAUAAUAAAAUUUGUCCAUGUUUGGUCUUGA